CACAAAAUUAAAUCCUGAAUCCACUACUGUGUAAGAAAACAGUUUACUGACUGAUUUGUGAUAGAUAAGAUUGUGUGUCUAUUAUAAUCUAGCCUCGGGCUCCGACAACUGCCGUGGUGGCUCUCUACGCCAGUUCAUGAAAUAAAUCAUGAUAAUAAAUCUUCAGCUAUUAUUUGGUAUGAACUUGAUUUGCCGUAUGAGUCCAGUGGAGUAACAGAAACUUAUUUAAGAGUUUUUUUUUAUUGAAAUCACAAUUUUUUUGGAAACAAAUUGCAGAUACUGUAUUACUUACUAUAUUUAAUGUUGGACUCAUCACAUAUGCAAUAUGUUAAAAAUUAAGCAUAGGAAUGAUAAUGAAUUAUAAUUUAAUGCUUCAUAAUAUUGCACUUCUUUUUUGUCCAAUGUAGUUUUUAAAAUUAUAUAUUUGAAUUGAAAGAAUAUUUUUUUUAACUGUUUACAUUGGAUAAUAUGUUGUUUAAAAGUUUUCCAUUAUUAUAUACGUUGUUGUUUUAAUUUUGCAAGAGUUCCAGAUUUCUGUAAUAACAUGAUUAAUAGUUUUCGUACAAUUUUAGGGUAUUUAGAUAUAUGAGGUAAACAGAAACCAUAGAGAAUACAUUGUUAUUCAUGCUAAACUAACCUUUGUACAUUACCUUCCGUUUGACCGUUAGAUAUUUUAUCACAGAAUUGAAGUUUCAGUUUCAAAAAAUCCGUGGUGGUGUUAUCAAGAUAUGUCAGAUAAAAAAGAAAAACUGCACACAACGGUUUCUGGUCUCUUUUAUAAUAUUGUUUUUCUCGUAUUAUCAGAAGUGUAAAAAUGGAGCAAAAUUAUAAAGAAUACAGCGCCAAAAAUGAAAGAGAACGUAAAUCAUUAUUCAGUGAGAGUUCAAGUGUGAAGGAUCAGAGUCCCUUCUUUUUAUCUGACUGUCCGAAGACUCCUACAGCAUUAAAAGAUUUAAAUGUUCUUACUAAGGAAAAGUUAAGUGCACUUGAAAAUGCUCAGAGAAAAUGGAUGGAGGAUAUGAGAUAUUGUUCUACAGCAGAUGAAAUUCAAAAAGCACAGUUGGAAUGGAUUCAGAAAAUUUCAGCUUUUCCUGCUCUUUCUACUAUCAAAUCUCCUGAGAAGAAAAAAGACCCUCUUUGGACUUUGCCAUCAUCUUCUCCACAUAGCUCCUCUGACAUGUCCCGAAGGAGAGGUUAUUGUGUCUAUGUACCUGGGUUUAAAGAUAAUAUAAACAAAAAGGUAACUGAAAAUAUAAGUGAGCAUAUAAGUAAUGUAAAAAUAGCUCAAGUGCCAGAACCCACAAAAGUUCCUUUUGGUAACAACGUUACUCCUUUAAAGUCUACACUGUCAAGUUCGUUUUCCCCAUUUGCUGAGUCCAGAUCCAGUAAAAUUGAUAAAUCACCCCAAAAAAGACAUAUAACAGUUCGGAAAAAGUUGCAUUGCCAAAAAAAACUUGAACUAAAUGAACCUGCUAAGGUGCAGCAGAUUAUUGAACCUGCACCAAGUUUAAAAACAGUAGGUAAUACUCCUGAAAAAUCAGAAGAAGAGAGGCGUGCUGCACGAAAAUAUAUACAUCGUAAGCGUGUUGAGCGAGAAAGGCAGCUCCGUGAACAAAAAGAGCAUGAAGAGAAAGCUGAACAAGAGCAGAGGGCACGAAUGGAGCGCUUGAAAGAGACUCAGCAUCGUAUUUUAGCCAAUUCUUCUAAGAAGCCACCUAAAGCAAGAGUUCAACAAUUGCGGAAGAAAGAAAGUUGGGUGGGCUUGGUAGAGAAGAAACAAGAGGAAAAACCUUUAUCAAGAGAAAUGGCCGAGCCACCAGAUUAUUCAGGAGCCCAUAUUACUGGAGCAAUACCUUUUUUAUCUUCCCGAGGCAAACCAAGUACUUCUGCUAAGGAUUCUAAAUCGUCGCCCCAUGCCUCAUCUGUAGCUGAAAUUGGAUGGAUUCAAGAUGAGAAUGUACCUCCACCAACAGAAGAUAGAUGGGAUCGCUUACCUUUAGAUAUUAAUGAAGUUAAAGGAGUUCAGCUUUUGCCAUCAACAAGACUCUCUUCACCAACCAAGCUAAGCAGUUCAUCGGGUAGGCCUAGCAGUAGUUCAUCAAUACCUGAGAAGCUGAAGGAAUUUUCCUUGCAAAAGCCAUUGACUCCAACAUUAUCAGCUUCCCCUAUGCAAAGUAAAUCUUCAAGCAGAGAACAUUCUGUUAUAGAAGUGACACCUUUGGCUAGUGAAGCUGAAUUAUUUUUUGCAAGAUCAUCCAUCACUCAAACUCAUCCUCCUAUAAUCCAUGAUUCUGAUCGGCCUGAAAAAUUAGAAGAUGAUGAUUUGAAGAAAAUGCUCUCAUUUUCGUCACAGUUGAAAAAAAAUAAUUAUGCUUCAAGUAAUGAAAAACCAACUAUGCUGUAUGAUAAUAACUAUCCAUUCUUCACGACCUCACCUAAAUUAUUUUCUGAUAGCCAGUAUAACAUGCUUGCAGCAAUAUCUAACAAAAGAUUGGCUUACAAAGAGGUUGAAAAUGAGUCACUCAUAAAACAACAAAAAACAUACCCCAACUUUGAAAUCACAAGCCAACUAGCUUCUUCUGAUAAUUUUGGUUUUAAUCAAAUAAUUCCUGAGACAAAAAAAGUUGAUGAAAAAGGAGUCCAGUGCCAGGUUGAUUUCGAAGAACUUCGCUAUGCUAGUAGCACAAGUGAUCAAUUGGGCAGUAUUAGCAGUUGUUCUGAAGUGAAACUCACUCAGAGUGAACGACUGCGGAAGCCAAAUACUAUACUGUUGCCAGGUAGGGUGAGUGACCCUUAUGUGUACAGCAGAACUAAGGAAUCCAAUAAUGAUGUGCGUAUGGAUACAACUGUGUCUGAAAACCUCUCUAUAGAUCCAUUGAAUAUUUCUGGUAAGCUGAGUUUGGUAGCUAGGCAAAAUGUAGAUUGCAAUGAUGUUGACAAGACUCAUCCAGUCUUAGAAGCCUUGUCUAAGGAUGAACACUCUGACUUACAUACAGUGGCAUCAGGUGAACAAGAUGAAAAAUUCAAGUCUUUAGAAAUGAAGAUAAACUCUAAAUGUCACAGGAAAGUUGGUCAUGAUUUUCAUCCUGAUGAAAAACUUUCUGAAGCUGCUAAAUCUGAAAUAGCCUCAGCAGUUUCAAGCCAGAUGAAGAAUAUCCAUAUUGUUGGAAGAAAGGUUGUGUCUGAGGUUAGAAGGCUAGAUCUUUUUGACAGUUGUAUCAGAGCUGCUAUUGAUAAGCACAAUAGUGACAAAAACAACCAAAGGGGUGAUAGCAAGUUAAAUUUCAAUGAGCAUUUGGGCUUGAAGACCUACAAUCUGAAUGAUGUAUCUUUGGCUGCUUCACGUGAUACGUCUGUGGCUAAGUCAACCAGUACCAAAACCAGCUCAGAUAAGACAUCCCAUAAGUUCGAUGUUAAGGGUGAUGAAGUUGGUGUUGUGGACUUCGCUAAAUUUUCAUUGAACAUGUUCAUCGACUUACUGAAGGAGGAAAACUUAAGAAACAAACAGCAAGAGUCCCACUUCAAGAUGAGAGAAACUUCAAUCAUUGACAAAACUAAGGCUGAAAUAGCAUAUCUUGAGCUAGAAAAGAAGAAGUUUAAGCUCAUGGGAAAUGAUGAUGUUACAUCAACCACCAGUCCUCUCAGUUCACUGCCACUGCCUUCCAGGUUUUACUCCCAAGAUGCACCAUGCAUCCUCUGCCGCUCCAUCAGCCCACAGCAGUCUUGGGCUGCCAAUUCUCCUCUUGUUGUACAGCCUUUCUUCCAAAAAGUGAAAAGGAUGGAAAAAACUGCCUACAGAGGAAGAAGAAGGCUGCUUUUGGAGAAAAUAGAUCUUAUGAGGGACCAAUUAAAAAAGCAGAUGGAAUCUGAAAGAAAGGGAAAGAAAGAAUUAACAAUUGAUACUUCACAAUCUUCUAUUGAAGCUAUUAAAGAACCACUAUUCUUGGAAGCGCUGGAGAGGAGAGUGACUGUUCCAGUAACUGCUGAAAACCCAAAAAGGGUUGAAGAAAGUGAAGAUAACAGGAGUUAUUUGAAACAGCAAUUGGAAGAGGGCGAGAGGAGAAUUCAGGAACUGGAGGAACUAAUCAAACAUUCCUCACUUGGAAAAGAUAUGAAACUUGGUAAGACUGUUGAGCGUGGAACUUCUCCUCUACAAUUGAGCUCUGAUGAGGACAGGAAAAAAGGAGAUGGUUCAUACUCAGAUACAAUAGAUCAGCUUUCUACUUCUUCCCAGCAUGAUAAGCUUGAGAACAAAGAUGCACGUAAAAUGAUAGCAUUGAAGGUUCCCUUAUCACCGAGGGUUACUCUUAAGAGGAGACAUUCUAGUGGUUCUGAUGAAUCCUUGCUGCUCUCUCAAGCAGAGACACAGUCAGAUGCAAGCGAUAUGGAGACGAGGGUGCUGGCACUUCAGCAGCAGUUAAAGCAGAGGAAGGCUGAGCUGGAAUCCCUUCACAGAGAAUACAAGAAGAGUCAGCGUGAGAGGCUCAUUGCUAAGGAGCAGUCCCUUCUUAGUCAGAUCCAGGCCUACGAUAUGUACAUUGGACAAGUGAAAAAAGAGCUUGAUAAGGAAAAGGAUGGAACAGAAGUGAAAAUUGUUAAACCUGUCAUCAAGCAUCCCAAGUUGUCUUGCGAGCGUAGAAAGAGUGACACUUGGUUACUCCAGGAAAAGAAGGGUUUACAAAAUAGUUCCAGGCCCAUUGGUAGCAACAGCUGUGAAUUAGUAAAGAAAAAUGAAUAUCCCAAUAAAAAUCAAAUGGAUGAUAGGUUUUUAGAUAACAAGGCAUUAGAAAAGUUUACUCUUAAAACAGAUUUGUUACACGAGGUUGGUGAUAGUAUUCGAUUACAAUAUGAUGACCAGUUUGUCAGCUCUGUUGUUUCUGCCACUGAAAUGAUUGGUUGCGGAAGAGGAGAAAAUGACAGAAAAACGUUACUCGAAUCAAGACAUGUUUAUGAUCGUGAAAGUUCAUUAGAAGCAUGUUCACAGGUCAAAAAUGAUGCUAUGUCUUCAAUCAAUCUUGUUUCACAUAACGAUGAAGAGAAAUCAUUCGUUGGAAGCACAAUUGAAGAAAAAAUUGAUUUUUAUGAAAAGUUAAGUGAAACCUCUUACUCAUCAGUAGACACUAAUGUUGAUGCAAUAUUGAGUCAAAGCAAAACCAAAAAGACUUCUCCUGUAAAAGACAUAACUUGUUCACAAGGUGUACAAUCCAAUGAACAGAAAGUACCACCAAUUACUUUUGAUUCAAGUGGUGCUGAAGAAGCAUCAAUUUUAUCCAUGCCGGAAUCAAAACAUAGUCCAAUAACAUCUGAAAAUAGUCAUGAAACAAAUGACAAUAAUAAUUUAAGUGACCAUGGGUCUAAAAGGGAAGAAAAAGGAAUAGAGUCUCUCGAGAAAAUUGAAUUUUUAAAAACAGAUAUAGAUGACGGUAGUUAUAGGACUGGUGCUCAUAUUUCAUUAGAGAAUAGUGAAGUAAAAGAUGGUGUGACCUCUAUUAUUGUAACAGAAAUUGAAGAGAACUUAUCAAAUAGCAAUGCACAAGAAAUACUCAGUAAUAAAUAUGAUACCCCUACUCAUAGUUACCUUAAUGAAAUACAUCAGAAUAUUACCGAGGAGGAUACUAUCAAAGAAGAUGUUAGCACCAAAGAGGAGAUUAGCAUCAUCAGAGAGGAGAAUAGUAUCAAAGAGGAAGAAAGCAUUAAAGAGGAAGAAAGCAUCAAAGAGGAGGAAAGCAUCAAAGAGGAAGAAAGUACCAAAGAGGUUUCAGAAUUGUUAAGCGAAGUCCCAGGAGGAAGUUUGAAGAGUAGAGACGAGAGCGUUAAGGAAGAAAUUUCGGAGUUAUUGAGCCUGAGCAGGGUAAAGGAUGCCUCCAGUGAUUCUGUACAUCAUAGUAAAAGUAGAGAAAUGGAAGAAAUAUUUAGUGAACCAUUAGAUAAUAAGAAGGAAUCAUUUGAAAAUGAGGUUGAAGAGGUCGAGACAUCUAUGGUAAGAUCUCUGUCUUUAAAGGAGAGAUCGAUUGAAGAUCCAAUUUCAUCAAUUAACUCAGAAGAAUUAUCUUCUAGUGCAUCCUUUCCUUUACCGACUUUCAAAAAUAAAACUAUAGAAGCUUCUUUCCUGAAAGAUGAAUCAAUAAAUGAACAAAUCAGCAAUGAACAAGAUGACAUAAGUGACCAACAUGUUGAAUCUGAAAUAGAGAGUGCUGUCUCCGAAACCACUUUACAAGAAAAACAACUAUCUAAUGUAGCUGAAGAAAUCAGCCAUGUUCAAGACAUUUCUAAUGAACAACAUAGUGUUGAAUCUGAAAUAGAGAGUGAACAUUCUGGAAGUGUGUCAGUGGAGAAGCAAAUAUCUAGUGUUGUAGAAGAAGUCGAUUCAGCCAAAAGUGAAAUGGAAGAGAUCAAAACUGAACUAAGCCAGGGACAAGAAGUCAGGUCAGAUGUGGAAGAGUCUCUGAAACAGCUGAUUACUGAGCAACUAAAUAGUAUAAAUUCUGAGUUCAAGAGAUCUCAAGGGAAGCAAUCAUCUAUCGAAGAGGUAGAAGAAGCGUUAGACCUAGAUAGGAGUAUUACCGAGAGCUUGGUUGAUGCUAGCUUAGCUGAGGAUCAGGAGGAUUCAUUAGAAGAAGAUAUUAAUAGGGUUAUUCUGAAAACCAAGUUAAUAGAGCAUGAUGAUGGCUGUGAGAGUGGAAAUUCUUUUAUGGAUGAUAAGGAGAUGUACAAUCUUAUUAACAAUGAUAAGAGAGAAGGAGGAGCAGGAGCUCCGCUGAUAGAUGCAUUACAGAGGGAAGGAGAUUCGGCCAUAGAUCAAGUUUGGAGGGGUAUAGCUGAUGCUGCUGUCAAUGAUGCUACAGAUCUUGUUAUCUCAACAUUUUUAAAUAAAGCUGCAGGUGUGCAAUCUACUGAAAGCAAUAAAUUGGUGGGUGAUAGCGAUGAUGAAGAAUGGGAUGGAGAAGAGCUGCAUCGGCAGCAGGCAGCAGAAGCUGAGGUCCUUCGUCUCCAGCAGCUCCGCAUCGACAAAGAGAUAGAGGAGCUUGAGGAAGAGGAAGCUAGAAGGUACUAUUAUAUCAGACCUAUCCCUGACAAACCCCCUCCUCCAUACACUCCCCGUCGGUCAAGCCUGGUAGCCAGCGUAGUAGAGGCUGCAGGCGAGAUCUGGGAUGGCAGGACUGAAGCACCAUCUUCCUUCAUGGCUGGCUGCCAUUUACGUGAAUUUCUUUGGGACCUCGCUGCAGAACUAGUUAUGCGUGUGCGUCCUCCCACACCACCACCACAGCCUUCCUGGGUACAUAUUAGAAGGCGAAGGCCUAAGAGGCACAUCAGAACAAAAGAAGAUCUUCUUGAAGAGGUUGAAAAGGAAGCAAAGAUCUAUUUGGGUGUUGAAGAAAGAGAAUGUCGGGAAAAUCUGAUUAUCCGCUGGUCCCGCAAGAGGAGGGAUCAUGUGGACGAGAUCCUUGUAAAAGAGAGUCAAGAAGAAGAAUGGGAAUGGACAGACUACUCAGAAGAGGAAAAUAUAAUAAAAAACCGAAUAGCCGAUGCUAUUAUACAGGAAUCGCUCAUGACGGCAACUGCUGCUAUUGCUGAAGCUUUCAUUAAAAAAAUGACUAAGGAAUAAAUUUCUGAUGGUCAGAAUAUUGAAGAAGAGGUACCCGAAAUCAGGAUUUCUUAUUUUGCUUGUCUCUAUGCCCAGUUUCACCAAUCUACAGUAUACACUACCCAAAGAGAAAAAAGUGAUAAAUAACAAAUGUUAUCCGUUCCUAAGUUAUUUGUUAUUUUUAUGAUAGUAUUAGCUGCAUUUAGUAGGGAUAGGAAAUUUUCCAGGAAAUUAAAAUUAAAUAGAUAAUUUUUUUUUUUGUUUUUAUGUAUUUGAAAAUAUUAAAGAAGUUGUGAAGUUUUUACUGUCUCUUCACCUGUUGCUGUACUUGGCUCAAGUUUGCUUGACCUGUUGUUAUUUAUUGAAUAACUGUUAAAUUAAAGAGUUUAGGUAAAUUGCUUAACUUCACAAAUUCAGUUAUAAUCUUUGUUUUAGGUUUAGUUGUUUAAUGGUAAAACACUCUGUUAGCUCUCUCAUAAUUACAAGGAUCUAUUUAUAAUUUCUUUGAAUGUGCAUACUUAUAUUUAUCUCUCUUGAUAAUUACUGUCCUGUCACUUUAAUCGACCUUUCUCUCUAUUGUUAGUUCUUAAUUUUAGUAAUUAAUGUAUAUAUAAGCAUUUUUUAUUUUUGAAGACUGCACAUUAAUUUGAAAUGAUCUACCUCACUUUUAUAUACCUAACUAUGAAUAUUUAUAAGGGUGAUUAUUUUAUAUAACUAUUAGAAAGACAUCGACCAUAGACUUGAUAAUUAUACAAAAGAUAAAGCAAGUAUUGUAUCUAAAUGGUGCACUAACUUUUAUUUGUAAUGAUUAUUAAGAAUAGCAUUUAUAAGGCAUUUAAGUGCACUGUUUCCUUAUUUUAGAAACACUAAUGAACUAAAAAUGAAAUGAAUUAAAAAUGUAUUAUACAUUCUUGUAAAUAGGUACUAUAAUAUUAAAUUAAUUAGGUGUGGUAAACUAUUUUGUUCCUGAAAUGUUAAUUUAUUUGUUAAUAUUGUUAUGUUUGGUGCAAUGUAUUAUGUAUUUAACGUGUUCUAGUAUUUUAUGAUCUACUGAAUGAUAUAAUCAUAAAUUUAUUGUUAAAUUAUCAUUUUAUAAAAGUCAUUUUAUAAAGUUUUGUAACAAAAAUUGUUUACUUUAUUAUAAAAAAAUAAAAAAAUUGUUACUUUCAUAUGAUGUAAUUAAAUAAAGGCUUGCAUUAUUUAUUAUAUAA